AUGACUGCUCGUAAUGAUCUUACAUUAGAAGAGAAAAUUAAUGUUAUUAAAUUAAAUGAAGCUAGUUUAACUUAUCGUGGAUUACGAGAAAAAUUUCAUGUAUCCAUUGGUGCUAUUUCAAAUGUAAUCAAAAGAAAAGCAGAAUAUUUGAGUGAUUACGAAAAUAAUCGAAAUAAAAAUGUCAAACGUAAAACUAGUUAUUAUUCAGGACUUCACCCAUUGCUGACAGAGUUUCAGUCAAAGCUCAUUGAUAUUUAUUUGGAUUCGAAUAAUUCUAAACAGAAAUCUAUUCUGGAUUUUUUCAACCGAAUGGAUCGUAAAUCUGGUGCCUAA